CCGACCUCUGAGGUAGAGCCUCCUCUGCUCUCUGGCCUUUUCUUUUGACUGAACUGAAUUCUCAGGGCCGUCAUUCACAACUUCAGGUGUCCAAACAAGAAAAGGACCUGAAUACAAACAUUAACCAGUGGAUCAUCUCCAAGGAGGAGCAUACUUCAUCUGAGGAUACCUGUCCUUGUCUUCCCCACGCUGACCCCAUCGAUAUCAUAGACAGUGGACCGAGGGGUGGACCACAACACUUCUAGUACCACAGACUGUCACAUCUCGUUGUGGGACUAUACAUUGGCCCUGUGCAGCAGAGACUGAUAUCAAACAAAGACAAAUCCAUCUGAUUCAAACAAAACCUCCGCCAUGGCAACCACAGGCAUGCAGUUGCUGGGCCUGAUCAUGUCCAUUGUGGGCUGGGUAGGUGGGUUAGUAGUCUGUGCCAUCCCCCUGUGGCGAGUCACUGCCUUCAUCGGUAACAACAUAGUGACAGCUCAGAUCAUUUGGGAAGGCCUUUGGAUGAAUUGCAUAGUGCAGAGCACAGGUCAGAUCCAGUGUAAGGUGUAUGAUAGCUUGCUGGCUCUGCCCAGUGACAUGCAGGCGGCCCGCGGCCUCACGGUGUUCUCCAUCCUGCUUUGUGGCCUGGCUCUGGCUCUGGGGGUCUUAGGAGUCAAGUGCACUAAAUGCAUCGGUGUAAACAGCGUCAAGGCUCGCAUCGCUCGCAUUUCUGGUGCCCUUUUUGCCAUCGCAGGGUUCCUCUACCUUGUGCCCGUCUGCUGGACUGCCCACUCCAUCAUCAGGGAUUUCUAUGAUCCACAUGUGGCAGCUCCACACAAGCGUGAGCUUGGCCCUGCCCUCUACAUCGGCUGGGGGGCAGCAGCCCUGCUCCUCAUUGGGGGAUCUCUGCUCUAUGCAGGGUCAAGUCCUCCUGGCAUCCCAGGCUCUCCCACCUUCAGCAGUGGAGAAAGUAGUCCUCGCAGGGCACCUGCCACACAAGUCAAAGGUUAUGUCUAAGUUCUAAAAUGUCUGAAAGAAUUCCACAAAUCCACCCCAAAUGAUGACAAACCUGUUUUUCCUCUUCUUGAAUUUGCUCCUUUGUAAUUAUUUUAUAUUUAAUGUUACUCUGUUUUGCUUUUUGUUUUCUUUGAAAAGCCACACGAGACUGUUUAGAGAAAAUUGAACUCAUUAUAAUAUUUCAUACCUGAUAUCCUUCAAUAACCCUUUUCUCUGUCUGCCAGUAAAAUACAAUAAAAGUUGUAUCGUCUACUGAGGGAAA